AUGGUGAAUAGUUUCACUGGAAUUGCUUCAAUACCUAAUGAGCUCCUCAUCAAUGUCCUUUCACUCUUUUCUACCCGUCGACUUCUUCCUCUCGCAUGCACCUGCCAUCGUUUCCAUGAUCUCAUAAUCCGAAUCAUACAUCAUCGCCUCAUUGCAGCGGCGUCUUUAAAGAAUCACAAGUUGAUCCUUGAAUGUUUUCAUCCCUCUACGAAACUUAUCACCCCAUACGCUUUGUGCAAUUAUCUCGGCACAGAUGGACUAAGUGACGACGUUGUUGGAGAGGGAGAUAUAUACAAAGAUGUCAACAACACAGGGAGGUUAGGUAAAAUGGCCGGUCUAUAUUCGCGCUUUAGGCCGCUUCAGUCUGAAGAAAGAAUACGACAUCUGGCAGGUAGUGCUAGACCGACCCUCUUACCAGAAUCUGAAGAUGGGCUUGUAUCUCAAAUCGUCGAUCUCGAGUCACAUGAACUUUUCUCGCAACUCUGCACCAUCACCAAUAUCGUUAAAGUUGGUCCGAAACGAGGACUGUUUCUAAGUUGCGUUAACAUUGGUGAGGGAGUCAUAAGAGUUUUUAGAGACUGGCUGUCGGAUCGCGUUGAGGCGAAUGAGAGACAUAUUGACAGCCCAGAGGAAUGUGAAAAACGGCUCUUAUGGACCGAUACCGAGAAACAUGUUGGAUUGAAAUUCAAAGUUUCUAAGUGGGAAGGAGCACCUGCUCCAAUCCUGCUACACCGUGAUGAGGAAGCUCCUGUUUUCUAUAAGCUUCAAUAUGAAGAAUUGGUCCUAAGAACAACGCAGCUUCUCCUUCAUGUCGAAGAAUCAUUGACAAGAGAAGUAGGACACUCAAGUAAGGCAAUCGUGAUAGGAUCUUGGGGUUAUUGA